GAUUCCAGAUACCGUAAACAUAGACAGAAUCAAGUCAUUAGGGCUAGCAGUUUCAAUCAUCCUAUUCUUCAUGCAGAAAUCUCAAAUCGUUAAUUUUAUGCUGCCAUUAGUGCCCUUCAUCUACUUCUUUACCUUAGAAAACGACCACAUAGUCCCAUGGAUAGACCUCCGACAAGCCGCCGUCUUCAUAUGUGGUAUCAUCUUCAUUCCUACUAUGCGCAUGCUCGUACCACGACUCAGAAAUGCCCUCUGGCAUGAGAGCGAAACGAUCGUGGAGGUGUAUGGUUUGGAGCACGGUCGGUUGAAUAUCGAGAUGCCGCCGAAGAGCAUGUGGAUGAACAUGGGGUAUUGGGAAGUAUGCCACGAUUUAUAUAAUUCAAGUUGCUCAAGCUUUUAAGUUCCAAGAGAUGAAUACUCUUCAUGACCUAGCUCAUGAAAACAAGGACACGAACGACUUCCCAACCGCCUGCCGCGCUCUCCUUAUCAAAGUUCUCGAGACGGCCGAUGUGAUGCGGUCCAAACCCGGCAUUGUUCAGCUAGAAACACUCGAACUCGUUGACUUGGGGUUCGGCUGCGGAGACCAAACCGAGUUCCUGAUGCAACAAGUCGAAGGAAAGUCAGGAGUACCAUAUCACGCCGACGAAUGGGCUUGGACGACCGAAACCAAGCAAAAAUUCCCCGUAUUCGACCAUUACACUGGCAUCACGCUCUCAAAAACCCAAUGCAACUACGCCAAGGCUCGUCUACAGCGCGUAAUGCCUUCCGAUUACGUCCACGACCACGUGCGGCUAUUCUGCGGCGACGCCGCGAGGCCGGAAGCAUGGCCUGAGGCGAUGCGGGUGGCGACGCAAGGGACGUCCGAGUGGAAGACGAGAUGGGUGCUGGCGCUUGAUACGUUCUACCAUUUUUCGCCCUCGCGCUGGGCGGUUAUUCGGCAUGCGCACGAUAGGUUGGACGCUUCGGUUAUGGCGUUUGAUCUAGUUUUGGCAGAGGAUGUCACGAUGGCUCAGAAAGUUUUGCUUUAUCUUGUUUGCGCCUCGUCCCGUUCUCCAUUCGCGAACUUUGUGACGGAGGGAGUGUACCGUCAGAAGCUUCAAGAAGUUGGGUAUAGAGCGGAGGACAUCGUGAUAAUUGAUAUCACAGAGCACGUCUUUGCACCGCUCACUAACUUUCUCAAUCUGAGGGAACACGAUCUAGAUACGAUUGGACUAGGGCUCGGCGGUCUCAAAGCAGCGAAGUGGCUCUUCGGGUGGUGGGCACGUACUGGAAUCGUCAGGGGAGUUGUUGUAGUAGCUCGACGAUAAGAGUCGCAUCAAAACAGUCUCCUACGUCUACUAAAGUUGCUUUCCCUUCCCCUCUCUCCUGACAUCGCUCGCACCGAACUGCUGCACGAGCGUCCAGAACCCCCAGCUUAUCCAGCAAAGAAUGACGUCCCAUCCCACACUGCUGACAGCGGGAUGCUCAUACAGC